AAUACAAAUAAUCGCUCAUUGGGACAAAAUUUGUGAAAGGAAGAUUUGUUGUUGGAAUGAGAAAGAAAAUUUAUGGGAGCGGAUGAAAAAUCAUUUUCAGAAGAAAUAAUUUCUGAAGCAAAUCGAGAAGGAAACGUUUUGUAAACAAACUUAGAGAGUAAGAAAUAAUUGUAAUUAAAGGAAUGAAAAGAGAUAUCUCUUUAAA